CCCGCCCCCUCCGACCAGGAAGUUGCCAGCGCUGAGGCGAGAGCGGCGGGACGGUGGCCGCGCGGGGCCGGUGCCCUCCGAUGGCGGAGCGGGAGGAUGGCGCUGCUGGGCGGGCUGCUGGGCCGGCUGCUGUGGCUCUCCGGGCUCCGUAGGGGCCGCCAUGCCCCGGGGACCCAGGCCAUGGACCAGGACCGAGCGCUCGAGGUGUAUGAUAUAAUUCGAACUAUUCGGGACCCAGAGAAGCCCAACACUUUAGAAGAACUGGAAGUGGUAACAGAAAGCUGUGUUGAAGUACAUGAGAUAAAUGAAGAUGAAUAUCUGGUUAUAAUCAGGUUUACUCCAACAGUACCUCAUUGCUCUUUGGCUACUCUCAUUGGGCUUUGUUUACGAAUAAAACUUCAGAGAUGUUUGCCUUUUAAACACAAGUUGGAAAUCUACAUAUCAGAAGGUACGCAUUCCACUGAGGAAGACAUCAACAAGCAAAUAAAUGAUAAGGAGAGAGUAGCGGCUGCAAUGGAGAAUCCAAACUUGCGUGAAAUUGUGGAGCAGUGUGUCACAGAACCUGAUUAGCGGCUGCAGAAACCACAGAGCUAUGAUUGUUUUGAUACAUUUGUUUUAAUAUCUUUGUAAAACCUUAAGGCCUUGUGCUUAAUACUUGAGUUCUUUAUAUCUGCUGCAUGUUUUUUUAAGGGAAAUCAUUUAUAUAACAGAUUUAAAUUAUAAGGAGGUAAGUUGCAGGAUAUAAAAUUAAAUGAAGUGUGUAAUUUUAAGAAUUUGUAAUAUUUGGUGUUAACAGAGAAAUAUUUUAUUGAGUUAAGAGCCAGCUGUGUUGCCUUCUGAUGCACAUCGUGAUAUAAAACCAAUUUUGCAGGUUAAGUUUCCACUCUGUUCAAGUGGAACAUUUCAAUCACUACGCUGUAAAAACCCAUAAAUAAAUAUAGAUUCUUAUAAUGAAAAGCCA